GAGACACUGAGGAGUGACCGGUGGCAGCAGAUCUCAGGGUCCUCUGAUUCAGCCAUGUUGGGAAUCUGCAUCAUACUUACCCUCUGCAUCCAGCAUGUCCACAGCCAGUUCCCCAGAGUGUGCACCACAGAUGCAGCUUUUCGGACAAAGAGCUGCUGCCCACUUUGGAAAGAUAACAGCCCCUGCGGUUCCUUGUCAGGACGUGGAAAGUGUCGAGACUUGGUAGCUUUAAGAGGAAAUAAAAUCCCUCAGUACAACGAUGACCGUCUGGACUGGCCUCGAUUCUAUUUCGACAAUACGUGUGAGUGCUACGGAAAUUACAGCGGCUUUGACUGCGGUGACUGCAAAUUCGGAUACUUUGGAGAGAAAUGUGAUCGGAAAAAGAUUGUUGUUCGACGAGAGAUCAGGGAGCUGUCUUUUCUGGAGAAGAAGAGACUCUUUAGCUACUUGGCUUUGGCUAAGACAACGAAGAGCAAGGACUUUGUUGUCCUAACUUCCGGCGACAGACAUCAUCUAGAAACAUAUCGAUUUGUCGACGCGUCUCUAUAUGAUGUUUUUGCCUGGAUGCAUUACUAUUCUAUGAAGCCAAUUCUGAUAAAUAGCACAUUUGAUCCUAUCAAAAACUUUGCCCACCAGGGCCCAGCCUUCCCUGGUUGGCAUCGUCUAGGCCUCCUAUUUCUGGAGAGACAAAUUCAGCUCAUGACAGGAGAUGAAGACUUUUCUAUUCCUUAUUACGACUGGCGUGGAGAGAAGAACUGCUCCAUCUGCACAGAUGACCUGUUGGGAACCAACGAUGUGCAGGGAAUCCUGAAUCCAUACUCCCACUUUUCAUUUUGGAGGGCUAUAUGUAGUGGUUUCAAUUACCCAGAUGCCUAUUGUCCAACGGCCGAUACAGAGUUUAAGAUGGAAAGACUGCACAGGAAGCCGGGAACAACACCGUAUGCACUUAACCUGCCAACAUUUGAGGAUGUUGAAAACGCAUUGAAACUAAGAGAACUCGACACACCACCUUUUAAUGAAACAUCCAGACGCAGUUUUCGGAACGCCCUGGAAGGGUUCUUAGCACCCGAUGGGGUGACUCUUAAGAGGAGCUUGCAUAAUCUGGUCCACAUUUACCUAGGAGGGACAAUGUCUCAGAUCCCAAUAUCCAGCAAUGACCCAAUCUUUAUCCUGCACCACAGCUUCGUGGACAAGAUCUUUGAGAAGUGGUUGACCAAAUACAAUGCAUCGCCAAGCUCGUAUCCCGAAAACAACCAAUUGGGACAGGCCCCAAAUGACUGCACCACUCCAUUCUUUCCAUGCUACAGAAACAAAGAUAUGAUCCGCAAGUCAACAGAGUUUGGUUAUCGAUUUUCAGAAUAUAAUGACAAGGGGUGGUAGAGAAAAGCCGUGCAAGAAUCCAAGUGCUGCGGGAGUCUGGAGCUUCUCUCCGACACAGAAAUAGGAAAUGUCUCCUGAGACCAGGCCUCGUCUCUGACCCGUGUACAGGAUACUGGGCCACUACCUUUUCUCUUUUAUUGUUCUAAGUUAAUUAUGUGAUGAGCAUUUCCAGAAUAUUCCAGGCAGUGGACUUCACUUUCUUUACCUUUACUUGCCCAACUCACAAUUAAGAACAAUUUGAUCUCUCCUGUUGUAAUUCUGUUUGUAGAGCAACAACUAAUAAGGAAACCCUUCCUGCUACUCACUGGGGGUGAAAAUAAAGGAUUAGUUCUAACACUG